AAGUCCUUUUGAACCAAAUAAAUCUUUUAGUAAAAAUGUUCUUCAAUGCUGCUGCUGAAUUUGAUGGAUUUGACCUUUGUGCAGUUUUUUUAGAAUGUAGCGUAGGGGCCUGAUUAUCGCUUUGCAGCAAUUUUUUUGUUUUUCGGAGAAGAGAGCUGUUGAUAUUGAAAUUACUGGGCAUCUGAAAUACAAAUUGUUUAAAGACUGUUUUACAUUAUGCCAUCGCAAACGAAUGAGCCAGUUAUUGUAGACGUAUGGGCAUCAAAUCUGGAAGAGGUCUUCAGAAAAAUUAGGUUACUAGUCCAAAAAUACCCUUAUGUUGCCAUGGAUACAGAAUUUCCUGGCGUUGUUGCCAGGCCAAUAGGCGAGUUUAAAAGUCCGGCAGAGUUUCAUUACCAGCUUCAUAGGUGCAAUGUAGACCUUUUAAAAAUCAUCCAGCUGGGUUUAACAUUUUCAGAUGAAAAGGGCUCACUGCCGAUAGGAACGCCAUCCACUUACCAAUUUAAUUUUAAAUUUAACCUGAUGUAAGUAUAUUUUUAAAUACAUUAUUUCUGGUGCUCUGGGGGAAGUAUAGCUUAAUUUUAUUUCCUUCUAAAGUGUAUAAAUGCAUUUGCUACCAUGAACAUGAAUAUUCAUUAGACAUGUAUGUAAAGCCUCGAUGCAGAAUAUUUUGCUGAGCUCUUAAUGACGUCCGGUAUUGUCCUCAGUGAAGAAGUCAAAUGGAUCACUUUCCACAGUGGUUACGACUUUGCUUAUUUGUUAAAGUCGUUGACGGCUUUGAAUUUACCGUCAGAAGAAAGUGAGUUCUUUGAACUUUUACGGAUAUAUUUUCCCGGAAUCUACGACGUGAAAUACUUGAUGAAAAGCUGCAAAGAUCUGAAAGGAGGAUUACAGGAAGUGGCAGAUGAUCUAGAAGUUACAAGAAUAGGCCCACAGCAUCAAGCAGGGAGUGACAGUUUACUCACCUUACAGACUUUUUUUAAGAUGAGAGAGAAUUACUUUGAAGACAACAUUGAUGACGACAAGUACUUAGGUCACUUAUAUGGUCUUGGGUCAUCGUACGUGCAGAAUGGCAAUGCGUUCGGUGACGAGAACAACCUGUCGUCGUAGCAGUAGCGUCAGAAUCCGCCAUGUUAAAUCUGUACAGAAUGGAGGACCAGGCCUUUUGCAAGUUCUCAAUGCUAAAUGUUGAACAUCAAUUUUUUUUCUCGCCUAUUUGUAUAUUAUAGUAGAAUUUUAAACCUUCGUAUUUUGAAA